AUGAAGAAGCUUAAGAAGUCAGAGAUGCUUCGCCGAGGCCAGGUUGAACAUGUAAAAGCAGAGAGGGACCUACUUGCAGAAGUUGACAGCAAUUACAUUGUAAAGCUUUAUUGUUCCUUUCAAGACGAAGAUUGUUUAUAUCUUAUAAUGGAGUAUCUUCCUGGUGGCGAUAUGAUGACAUUACUCAUGCGAAAGGAUAUACUGACAGAAUAUGAGGCCAGGUUCUAUGUUGGGGAGACUGUGCUAGCUAUAGAGUCGAUUCAUAAACAUUAUUAUAUUCAUAGAGAUAUCAAGCCUGAUAACUUGCUGCUAGAUAGACAUGGUCACAUGAAGUUAUCAGACUUUGGAUUAUGUAAAAGACUAGACUGCAGUAAUCUUCAGGAAAAGGACUUCUCUACUGGAAUCAACAGAAGUGGAGCUCUUUAG